CGGCCGUUGAACUAGAAUAGGACGAACAGCCAGACAGAUGACUUGAUGCCAUGGAUCAGCCGUAUGGCAUACCAAGCUGUGUGCAUUCCAUCAUCCUUUGGUUGGUGCCCAACACUGUCCUGCCACAGUGGUGUUGCGCCUGCACUUCUACGGCAGAGGUGGCUGAAGCUCAUCCCUGCUGGCAGCAUCGGAGCCUCCAGUGCUUCGGUGGAGAACUGCUGGAGCUGCGCUUCACAGGAGGUUCUGCAUGGCGGAAGCUCUAUGGACGCUUGGCCUUGGCCAUCAACCAUUUGAGACUCGGAAAGCCAACGCUUCGUGAGGGCCUCCGCUUCGAGACAAGCGCAGCGGCCUGGGAUUUGGAAUUGCAGUGGUCUUUAGUGGUGCCGACCCCCCAACUAGAAGCUGCAGCAGUGCUUUCCUAUGAUGGAGCCUCCUGCCGCUUUUGCGACAUGGUGGGGGAGAAGGUGGAAGCAUUGCGGGCCGUGAUCGCUACCGACUGCAUCUUUUUGCUGGCCAAUUCCCGGAAAAUCGACAUCUACGACUUCAACGGCCAGUGGACCGGGGAGCUUCUACAGUCUUCCGAGGAGGUUGACCUUCUCCGCUCCACCAGUGAUAUGUUUCUUGCUGAUGGCCAGUUAAUCCUGGAGCAGCCCACAAGGCUGUUGCUGUGGGACUGCACCUCACAGAAGCAGCGGGGCGUCAUUCGGCCAACACCAUCUUGGAUUCUGGGUCAGGAGGAGCGGCUUUGUCCCUUGCAGGCACGGCCAGCCGGCUCCAGCUUGGCCUUGUGGGCCGAAGAAGGUGGCCACAGCAUCCAAUUUUGGAGCAUUGAGUCGCUGCGCCUGUUGACCCAGUGGUCUCCUUUCACUCGCCUGGAUCAGACCCUUAUGACCUUUGGCGUCUCCGUCGGCGAGCAGCUCCUGUUGGCGGUGGAUUCGGCGGAGAUGCUCCACGUGGCCUGCAUGGAGUCGAAGGGAGUCGUCGACCUCAUGGCCAUCCCCUUGUUCAUGGAAGGCGGCAGGAGCAUUCUCCCCUGCAGCGUGGCUGUGAGAUGUGGCAUGCUGAGUUUUGUGGAGGCCACAGGACUUGAGGCCCAUCAGCGCACCUUGCACGUGUGGCGCCUCGCUUCGAACGGUGACAUCUUGCCAGUGCCGCGACGAUGUAGCUUCCCCUUCACUACUGGGGGGCAAGCAGCCGUUUCCGUGCCCAAGCCGAUACUGGGUCACUUCGUGCUCUUGAAGACCUGUUCAGUGAUAGAAGGAGAUGACCCGUACUUGAGUGUUGCGGUGUUUGAUGCCAAACAGGAGGUGCUACUGUACCACGUGGCCACCUCCGCCCAGGAUUCCACGCUCUUCCGCCGCAGCCACCCACUCUCCGAUUUGAUUUUAGGCUUUUGGGUGAGCGGCCCCAGUGAGACGAGAAGUUUGCAUCUCUACAACCUGGCAAAGCCCCAGGUUCGACAGGUCGCACUGAGUAGUUCGGAAGCGAGCAUUCGUUCGCUGCCCUCAAGUAUGUAGAGUGGUGCGAAAGUUCCAGCAAGUCUGCCACGUCACGUGUUCUUGCUCCUAGUAGCAAGAAGCUACUAGAGUGGAGGCAAUCGCUACUGGUAGCAAGAAGCUACUAGGUUGGAGGCCAUCGCACUCUUUGAUUGAAGCUGAGAAGCUGAGCAACGACAAACAGAAUAAUCCUGUUUGGUCGCCUUGCCUGUGGGACAGAAGCUGGA